AUGUCUUUCUUCUCUCUCCAGCCACCCUCUAAGAACGAGCUCGGGCGUUAUCGCCUGCUGUCUCCGUCAGCUGGAGUGCGUGUAUCCCCCAUCUGCCUGGGGGCAAUGUCUCUCGGUCAGGCUUGGUCCGAGAGCUUCGGUGGUGGCACCACCCAGGAGGAGGCUUUCAAGUUCCUUGAUACAUUCUACGACCAAGGAGGGAACUUCCUGGACACUGCGAACAGCUACCAGUUCGAGGAGAGCGAGAAGAUACUUGGCGAGUGGAUGAAGGCGCGAGGUAAUCGCAACGAGCUCGUCAUCGCCACCAAGUACACCGUUGCUUACAAGAACAGUGACCCGAAGACGAACCUCAAGGUGAACUAUCAGGGAAACCACAGGAAGAGCAUGGUGCUCUCUGUCGAAGAUAGUCUAAAAAAGCUGCAGACCUCCUACAUCGAUCUUCUCUACUUGCAUAUGUGGGACUACACAACUUCCAUCCCUGAGAUCAUGCAAGCCCUGAAUGAUCUCAUCAAGCAGGGCAAGGUCCUCUACCUUGGUAUCUCUGACACGCCAGCCUGGCUCGUUGUCAAAUGCAACGAGUACGCCCGUCAGCACGGCCUCGCCCAGUUCGUCGUCUACCAGGGCAUGUGGAACGUCGCAAAGCGUGACCUCGAGCGUGAGAUCCUCCCUAUGUGCCGCGCCGAGGGCAUGGGCCUCGCGCCCUACAGCGUUGUCGGCGGUGGCCGAUUCAAGACGGAGGAAGAGAUCCAGUCCCGCACUGGUUCGCUCCGCUUUGGCGGGCCCCAGACGGAGACGGAGAAGAAGAUCUCUGCCGUGCUGGCCAAGGUCGCGAAGGAGGUCGGCGGCGGGGCGAGCCUCGUGAGCAUCGCGCUCGCCUGGUCGAUCUCGAAGGUGCCGUACGUGUACCCGAUCAUCGGCGGGCGCAAGCCCGAGCAGCUCCAAGAGUGUAUCGACGCACUGAGCAUCACGCUCACCCCGGCGCAGAUUGAGGAGCUUGAAAAGGUGGUGCCGUUCGAGUACGGCUUCCCGUACGGGUUCUUCGGCGGCGACCCCGCGCUCACAGAUGGCACUGGCGGGAUAUUCGUCCAGAUGGCGGGCCAUACCAAGUUUGUGCUUGCGGAGAAGCCAGUCGCGCCGGGCGUGGUUAAGACGGAGCUGCAACAGUAG